AUGGUGGUCCGGACGCUGCCCAACGCAAAGAUCACCCUCUCCUAUCCGCUGUGGGCCUGCGACUUUGAUCCGCAUGAUGCGAACCAGCUGGUCGUCGGCGGCGGCGGCGGCGCGGGGAGACACGGCGUCGGCAACAAGAUGACGCUGCUGAAGCUGUCGAGCGACGGCAGCCGAGAAAUCGAGAAUGCGGGCGAGACGGAGCUGAGCGGGCAGGAAGACAGCGUGGCCACGAUCGCCGUCGGCGCGCGGAGGGACAGCACCAGCAGCACCAGCAAGACCGUCUUCGCAGGCAUCAAUGCAGCGCCCGACGAAUGCAAGAAGGGCAAGAGUCGGCACUUUCGCGUUUUUGGCCUGGCCCAGCCUGCAAGGUCGGCCAAGAAUAGCGGUGUGACCUUUUCGGAGACCGCCCGCGAGACCCUUUUUGCAUCCACCGAUGCGGAUACCUUCCAGCGCCGCCUCAGGCUGUCCCAGCCAUUCGAGAAGCUCGAGAAUAAUGCCGCCGCCGCCGCCGCCUCCUCCUCCUCCCAGCUCGGUGCCGUCUCGACCGGCUUCGCCCAACAGUCGCAGAUUGCCAUCUUCGAUGCCCCAGCCGCUGGUCCCCAAAGGUGGAAAUCCCGGGGCCGGCUGCAAAUUCCCAAUGAAGCCAUGGACCUGGACGUCGUGCAGACCGGGCCCGACACGUACCAGCUGGCCUACUGCGACGACUACGAGAUAUUCACCGUAGACAUCUCCCGCACCGACGUCUCAGAGCCACGGUGUGUCUACACCCUCACCUCGAACGACGGGCCCAAGGCCAGACCCUCCUUCAAGUCCAUCCGCUACCUGUCCCCGGGCUUCGUCUUUGCCGUCGCCAACAGCCCCGCCGGCAAGGGCGUCCUCCUCCACGGCUACCGUCUCCCGGAGAAGGACCAGGAGCGUGCCCGGCUGGCCGUCGUCAAGACCCUGCCCAAGUCCGUCUCGCGCUCGACCGGCCUUGCCGUGCGCAACCUGGCCCCGCCCUCCUCCGUCCAAGACAAGCAGGGCGAUUCGCAGUACGUUAUUGCCGUCUCGGGCCAGGACAACUCCAUCUCGCUGUACACGCUCGAGUACAAGUCAACCCUGAACAUAGACCUCCUGGUCGACCUGGCCCCCUUUGCCAAGAUCGAUUCUGUCCAUCCCCAGGCCAUCACGGGCCUGUCCUUUUCCACUUCGCCGAAGGGCCCCAAGCCAGCCGCAAACCUGGAACUCAAGCUCGCGAGCGUCUCGCUGGGCCAGACCGCCGUCGUGCACAGCAUACCCCUCAAGAAGUAUGUCGACAAGAAGGCAGCCCCCCGGAAAGGUGGCCCUCCAAGGCCAGCCCGCUAUGUCGUUGCCAUCCCCUCCCAGGGCGAGUCUCACCUGUCCCUGAUUAUAGUCACGGCCGCCAUCUGCCUGCUCAUGGCUCUGAUUGGCCAGACCUUUAUGGAGGCAAAGGGUAUCUCACAGCCAGUAUUGGGCACCAACCGCUUCCUCCCCGAGUCCUGGACGGUCCCCUUCCGCGUGGUACCUCGUGAAGGCUCGGUGUUGAAGCAGACGACUUUCGACGACCUGCUCACCACCGUCACACCUGCCGAACAUGAGAAGAUCAUUGUUCGGCAUGACGAUACCGGCGAGAUUGGACCCGAUGGCCUGCCGCAACUCAAGGCUCACGUUCACGAUGAAGAGUUGCACGGCCCGGCUAAGCCGUGGGAUGAGCUAGAAACUCGAGAACAGCACCUCUGGAGGCAGCGUCUCAAGAAGACGGGCCACUGGGUCGAGGACAUGGGAGAGACGGUCUUCAAAGGCGUGCUGUUCGGCGAGAUUGGGGGAGCCAUUGGCGCCAUGGUUGGUGAAGCAUUGUAG